UACUUACAUUUCUAUGGCAACUUGCCUACCAUGUGUAAUGUCAUGUAUUUUGGGCGGGAUUAGCACACGUAUAUUGUAGCUACAGGCUAUAAAGCAAUGCGGAUAUUAGUCCAGGUACCAGUGCAUGAGGAAAAAAAAUCCUGAGUCAGUUCUCACAUUCCCAAAAUGUGUAUCAGAUACUGAAGUCGCAACUAGAGCUCCUCCAAUUAUUAUUACUUCUACUAAUUAUUAAUAAAAAUUACUGCCAAGAUGAACACGCUCAUUGAAGUCGUAGCACUUUUUCUAGGUUUUGUUAGUUGGAUAUUGACUCUUAUAACACUAGAAGAUCAGCACUGGAGGGAAUCCAGUCAAGACGGCAGUGUUAUAUUAACUUCUAAUCUCUAUGAGAACCUAUGGAUGUCUUGUGCAAGUGAUUCAACGGGGAACUAUAACUGUCGUGACUUUCCAUCCCUUUUUGCUCUUCCAGGCUACAUUCAGGCCUCUCGAGCACUGAUGAUUGCUUCAAUUGUGUUUGGGUCGUUUGGCCUGGUGGCUACGCUUGUAGGAAUGAAGUGCUCGAAAAUAGGUGGAGAAAACUAUGUUCUAAAGGGGAAGAUUGCUGCAGUUGGAGGAGUGUUUUUUUUACUGCAAGGGCUUUGCACCAUGAUUGCCGUGUCUUGGUACGCAGCAAACAUCACCCAGCAGUUCUUUGACAUUCUUUACCAAGGGACAAAGUAUGAGCUUGGAGAGGCGCUUUAUAUUGGCUGGGCUUCAGCCACGCUUGCCAUUUGUGGAGGCUCGUGCCUGCUGUGUUCCUGCAGAAUUAUGACUGACAGUGAAAAAAUACCGUAUCCACUCCAACCAUCCUCCAGAGGACACGUGCGAUCAACUGUGGCACCCUCUCAGUCUGUCAACUAUGACAGAAACGCAUAUGUCUAA